AUGUCAAAUUAAGACAUCAAUGAUCUUCCAGCCCUCAAAGUCAAUGUCCCCUCUUUCUUGAUGAAAACAUACGAAAUUCUUGAAAACUCAUCUCUAUCCCAUAUCAUUACUUGGAAUCAAGAAGGCAAUGCAUUUAUAGUCCUGAAUUCCCAUGAGCUGUCAUCCAAGGUUCUUGCCAACUAUUUCAAGCAUAAAAACUAUCCCAGCUUUCUGAGAUAGCUCAACAUGUACAGCUUUAAGAAAACCAAAAAUCACUACGGACAAAGCGAGUUUAGACAUCAAUGGUUUAGAAGAGGACUUAAAAGCAUGCUUCAAUACAUUAGAAGGAGAAAUUAGGAUGAUUCUGAGAAUAAAAUCGAGAUAAAAAACACAAAUAUUCAGAAAAUUGACAAUUAUAAGCAAGAACAUGAUGAAAUGAAAAAGGUUGUCCGAGAAAUUCAAACAACUUAAUUUUAAAUGGAAGUUGAUUUCUCAGCUUCCAUGGAAUAAAAUGUUUAAGCCACUCGUUCUAGUCAAACCAUUUUGGUUUAAAUCAAAUGUAAUAGUAAUUCAAUAGAAAAUUUGAUAGUCUUUCCUUGCUCCUGGCUAAGAUUGUCUCAUACAUCCCCAAUUUAAGUAACAUCCUCCAAAAUCUAUUAAGCAUACCAAAUGGGAGACCUUUACAAAUACUCCUGCGAAGAACCUUCUCCGAGCAGGCUGGAACAUAGCUAUAUCGUUCCGUAUAAUGAGAACAAUACCCAGUACAGCAAUGUAGGCUCUCCGUAUCAUUAAUACUCUUGCAAUAGUCCAAUUCAUCUUCUUUUGUCCAGAUAAAAUUAAUGUAAUGUUCAAAAAUAAAUUCUAGAAUUUUAGGAUUAUUGCUUUUAAUUUGAUCCAAAUCUAUUUUAAUUCAACAGAUCAACCCAACAAUAACAAUAGCUCGCCUUACCUGCUCCAGCCCUAAAUUCCUAUUUACGUAUACAUAAAUCUAUAACCAUCGAAGCAAGCAAUAAUUACUCUUUACAAUCAAGUUCAUAAAACUCACCGUACAGAAUUGCAAGUCCUAUUCAUUCUUCCUCAACAGAUUCUAAAAACCCAGAAAGAUUUAAUUUUUACUAAUAAGCUUGA